AUGGCCCUGCUCGUGGGCUACGGCGCGGCGGUCGUCAACCCGUAUCUCGCCUUCGAGACCAUCGAGGGGCUGCGUGCCGACGGCGAGGUGCAGGACCUCGACCAGGCGCAGGCGGUCCGCAACUACAUCAAGGCCUGCACCAAGGGCGUGCUCAAGGUGAUGUCCAAGAUGGGCAUCUCCACGCUCCAGAGCUACCGCGGCGCCCAGAUCUUCGAGGCGGUCGGGCUCGACAAGGCGUUCGUCGACCGCUGCUUCACGUGGACCGCGUCGCGCAUCGGCGGGAUCGGCAUCGACACGGUGGCCGAGGAGGUCGUCCGCCGCCACGCGCGGGCGUUCGCCGAGCGCGGGCGCGAGGACGACGAGCUGGAUGGGGGCGGCGAGUACCAGUGGCGCCGCGACGGCGAGUACCACCUGUUCAACCCCGAGACCGUCUUCAAGCUGCAGCACGCCACCCGCAGCAACCAGAGCCGCCAGCGGGCGACGUUGCGCGGCCUGCUCGAGCUGAAGCCGGCGGCCGAGCCGAUCCCGCUCGAAGAGGUCGAGCCGGCCGAGGCGAUCUUCAAGCGCUUCGCCACCGGCGCCAUGUCGUACGGCUCGAUCAGCGCCGAGGCGCACGAGACGCUGGCCAUUGCCAUGAACCGGCUCGGCGGCAAGUCGAACACCGGCGAAGGAGGCGAGGACCCGGCUCGAUUCAUCCCGGACGAGAACGGCGACCUGCGCCGCAGCGCCGUCAAGCAGGUGGCCUCGGGCCGCUUCGGCGUAACCAGCGAGUACCUCGUCAACGCGGACGACCUGCAGAUCAAGAUGGCGCAGGGCGCCAAGCCCGGCGAGGGCGGGCAGCUCCCCGGCUUCAAGGUCUAUCCGUGGAUCGCGAAGGUGCGCUACUCGACGCCGGGCGUCGGUUUGAUCUCGCCGCCGCCGCACCACGACAUCUACUCUAUCGAGGAUCUGGCCCAGCUCAUCCACGACCUGAAGAACUCGAACCCGGACGCGCGGGUGCACGUGAAGCUGGCGCAUUCGGACGUCGUGCUCAUCUCGGGGCACGACGGCGGCACCGGCGCGUCGCCGCUGACGAGCAUCAAGCACGCCGGCGUGCCGUGGGAGCUCGGCCUCGCCGAAACGCAGCAGGUGCUGGUCAUGAACGACCUGCGCGACCGGAUCGUCGUCCAGGUCGACGGGCAGAUGAAGACCGGCCGCGACGUGGUCAUCGCCGCGCUGCUCGGCGGCGAGGAGUACGGCUUCUCCACGGCGCCGCUCGUGGUCUCCGGCUGCAUCAUGAUGCGCGUCUGCCACCUCGACACCUGUCCGGUCGGCAUCGCCACCCAGAACCCGAAGCUGCGCGAGCGCUACUCCGGCAAGGCGGAGUUCGUCGAGAACUACUUCCGGUUCGUCGCCGAGGAGAUCCGGGAGCUGAUGGCGCAGCUCGGCUUCCGCACCAUGGACGAGAUGAUCGGCCGGGCCGACCGCCUGGACGUUCGCCGGGCGGUGGACCACUGGAAGGCGCGCGGCGUCGACCUGUCGACGAUUCUGCACCAGCCCGAAGUCCCGGACACGGUCGGCCGCCGCUGCGUGCAGCCGCAGGACCAUGGCCUCGACCGCGCUCUGGACAACACGCUCAUCGAGCGCUGCGCCGAGGCCAUCGAGCACCGCCGCCCGGUGGAGAUCUCGCUGCCGAUCCGCAACGUCAACCGGACGGUCGGAACGAUGCUCGGGUCCAGGAUCAGCCGGCGGUGGGGCGCGCAGGGUCUCCCGGACGGCACGAUCCGGAUCGCGUUCACCGGCUCCGCCGGGCAGAGCUUCGGCGCGUUCGUGCCGCGCGGCGUCUCGAUGACGGUCGAAGGCGACGCGAACGACUACUUCGGCAAGGGGCUGUCGGGCGGGCGGCUCGUGAUCUUCCCACCCGCGAGCUCGACCUUCACGCCGGAGAAGAACAUCAUCAUCGGCAACGUGGCCCUGUACGGCGCCACCGGAGGCGAGGCGUUCGUGCGCGGCGUCGCGGGCGAACGCUUUGCGGUCCGCAACAGCGGCGCGCACGCCGUCGUCGAAGCGGUCGGCGACCACGGCUGCGAGUACAUGACCGGCGGCCGCGUGGUCGUCAUCGGACCUACGGGUCGCAAUUUCGCGGCCGGCAUGAGCGGGGGCAUCGCCUACGUGCUGAACGCGGACGGAGACUUCGAACGCCGCUGCAAUCCGGGCAUGGUCGACCUCGAGCCCCUGGCGGACGACGACCUGCUGCUCGUCGAGGAACUGCUGACCCGGCACGUCGACACGACCGGCAGCACCGUGGCCGGCGGACUUCUCGCGGAAUGGGACACCGCUUGCCGGCGGUUCGUCAGGGUGAUGCCGCGAGACUACAAGCGUGUGCUGCAGGCCGAGGCGCGGGCGCGCGCCGAAGCGCGCCAGCCGCAGUUCGCCGAGCUGAUCGGCGUACAGUGA